AUCCGUCCAAGCGGACGCAAUCUCGGAAGCAGGUGAUGGAAUCUGGGGCAAAAGAGUCUGCGACAGAUGGAACGGCGGUGGAAGCACAAUGCCACUCUCGGUGGAAAGCGGGACAUAGUUGUCCGGUAGUCGGCUCGCGGGCGGCGGGAGCACAACGGCGGAGCGCGCGGGAGACGGUGGAGGUCUUGGUGCGAGAGAUGGCGGAGGCUUUGGUGCAGGGGAGGGUUGUUUUGGCUUGCGCCUGAACGAAGGACGGCGCGACUGCACCGGGGGAGGAGCAUCAUUCAACACCGAUGCAGAGGGUAUUUCUAUCGGGAAACGGUCCAGUUGGAUCGAUGGCGACCGAGCAGACAUGGGUAUGGUGCUGCCUAGAACGGGAGGGGCGGGAUGCACAGGACUGGGCAUUGCCAGAACCGGUUGCGGAGCAGCAACGGCCGGCUUUUGAGCAGCAGAAGCAUUCUGGGCCAACAUCUCCUCGAAAUCGUCAUCGUCAUCGUCGGAAACAUCGCUCAAAUCUUCAAUUUCGCCGCUCUCCAUCGGUGGAACCCGGUACGGGGACUGAGCCUCGUAAGGAGGCCGACUCGGGGCCAUAAGAAGAGGAGGCUGCGCGGCUUUACUCUUAGUUGCAUUCGCAACCCCCAGCAGCUCCAGCUCUCUCUGCGCCAUGCGCAAUCCAGAGUCAUACCCCAGCCUCCUCCCCUCCUCCAUCGCCUCCGCAACCAAGACACGAUGCUGCAGCUUACGCGCCGAGCUCCGCGCCGCCGCAGCGUCCCGCUCCGCAUCCUCCUUCUGCUCCUCGACAAGCUUCACGACGCUCUGCGCACGCACGAUCUCCUGCUGCGCGUGCUCGUGCUGGAACUUCCACAUCCGCAGCUGCUCCUGCGCCCCCGCGAGCAUGCGCUCCGCCGCGAGCUUCGCGUCCGUGACCGCGCGCAGCUGGUCCAGCGCGUGCUGCGUGACGCGCUCGGCCUCGGACACGCGCGCGUCGUCCGCCGCGAGCCGCGCCAGCGCGUGCUUGAGGUACUUGCGCAGGCGCAGGCACUCGUAUUCUUUCGCGAUGAGGGACGCGAGGACUUCGGUCGCGGCGGCGGACGCGUGCACUUGCUCGCGCUCGCGCUGGAAACGGGCUGAGGGGCCGCGAUGCCGCGAGGAGCGCCCACGCGCAGGGUCGAGCUCAUCAGACUCUGGUUCGGGCGCGGGUGCGGGUGCAGAUUCGGGUUCGGGUGGGGGCGCGGUGUGGGGCGCGGUGUUGGGCACGGUGUAGACCGGCACGUCGGGAGGAGGUGUCAAAGAUGGAUGCGAGGAUAUGGGGGAUAGGAGCUCGGUGCGGA